CUUUCCGCACCGUCACCAUGGUGCACAUGAAUGUCCUGGCGGAUGCUCUCAAGAGUAUCAACAAUGCUGAGAAGAGAGGCAAACGCCAGGUCCUCAUCAGGCCAUGCUCCAAAGUCAUCGUUCGGGUCCUGACUAUGAUGAUGAAGCACGGUUACAUUGGUGAAGUUGAGAUCAUUGAUGAUCACAAAGCCGUUGUGAACCUCACAGGCAGGUUGAACAAGUGUGGAGUGAUCAGCCCUAGAUGUGAUGUGCAACUCAAAGACCUAGAAAAAUGGCAGAACAAUCUGCUCCCAUCCCGUCAGUUUGGCUUCAUUGUACUGACAACCUCAGCUGGCAUCAUGGACCAUGAAGAAGCAAGACGAAAACACACAGGAGGGAAAAUCCAGGGAAUUUUUUUCUAGAGAUGUAAAGCAUAAAUAAAAAGCCUCUGUGGACUAAAAAA